CCAUUCUGAUCGGAACCCUAACACCCUUCUAACAUCAACAAGCACAAAAUCCCCUUUUCAUUUCUUCCUCUUCUGAAAUCAAAUCAUCAUACUAUUUCAACUAUGGUAUCCGAAAUCCUUCCCCACAAAUUUCCCUCUUCCUCCGAUCCCCAUUCUCAGCCCACCGCUUCUCACUCACUCGCAGUCGACACUGAUUCAUCUCUGCCCAACACCACGCAACCCGUCGUCCAUCGCAAAUCCUCCACCGCUUUGUCCUCGUCCUCUUCGAGGGACCGCCACACCAAGGUCAACGGCCGAGGGCGCCGCGUCCGCAUGCCGGCUCUCUGUGCCGCUCGCAUCUUUCAGUUGACGUGCGAGCUUGGCCAUCGUUCUGAUGGCGAGACCAUCGAGUGGCUUCUCCGUCAGGCUGAGCCCUCUAUCAUCGCAGCCACUGGUACUGGGACUGUUCCGGCUGCUCCGAUCUCCACCGUUUCUCCGGUUAUGGCCUCGUCUGCUCCGUCGGUUGCUUGUAGGGUUCAGCCGGUGGCAGUGGCUGCUGCUAGUGGGCAGGGAAUGUUCGGGAUGCCACCGCCGAGCUGCCGUUUGAAUUUAUGCCAGCCGGUCGGGAUGGAUUACUCUGCUGGCGGGGAUGAUUACCGGUACAUGCCGUUCACUGCGCUUCUGUUGCAGCCGGCAACGGCGGACGAGGCGGAGGAGAGACAUGAGGCGGAGGAAAUCUUCAGAGAACAAUAGAAAA